CCUAAAGAGAAAAUGUACCAAACAUCUUCUUUCUCAACCUUCAUUCUUUGCUUCAUAUUCUUCUUCUUCUUCUUGUCAAAUAAUCCAGCAGAGAGAACUUCUGCCUUCGAAGCAGGUUAUUCAACGAUAGAUAUAAUCAACAGAACCUGCAAAAGAUGCAAGGAGAAAUCAAAAUCUUUCAACUACGAUUUCUGUCAAAGCUCCCUCCAAGUAAUUCCAGCAAGCCAUGUCACCAACCUUCAAGGACUAGCUGUAAUUGGGAUGGAACUAGCCCUGGAAAAUGCAACCACCACCAUUUCAAACAUAAGGAGCUUGUUGAACACCGGAAGUUUCAAACCUUUUGCCUUGGCUUGCUUGCAGAAUUGCUUGGACCUAUAUUCUGAAGCUAUUGUGACAUUGGUGGAUGGUGUGGCUGUGUUCUUGACUGGACAUUAUGGAAUUGCUAAUGUGAAAGUGAGAGCAGUUAUGGAAGCAGCAACUACUUGUGAAGAAGGGUUCAAUCAGAAGGAAGGAGAGGUUUCUCCAUUGACUACAGAGAAUUUCAGUCUCUUCCAUUUGUGUGAUAUCGCAUUAUGCAUCAUUCACUGGCUUACUCUAGUGGUGCCUCUGAGUUAAUUUCAGUCCAGAAUUCACAAAUUAUUAUGAAAAAAAUUUGAUUUGUGUGCAGUAAACCGAUUAAACUUGAAUAUUAAUUAAGUUUCAGAGAUAUAUAUUUAUAUUAUAUGUA